AUGUCGCGAGCGAUGAGCAACGAGCUGGAAAGGUACCGGGCGGAAGUGGAGGGUCUGUUAGAAGCUGGUCGGAACGAGGAAAUCCUCAUCAACCACCUGGACCAAGAUCCCCAAUUGCUCUGCCGCAAGCUGUCUCCGCUUCUUCCGGUCACCGAUAUCCGCAAUCCCUUCGACUUCUCGUCCGCCGAGGAAACGGAUAUCGAGUCGCUCCGGAUUCCGGAUGGUGCUCUUGUUGAGAAGAUCACUGUCGAAAACCAGACGCUGUCUUUCAUCGCUUCGACACUAAAGCUUGCGACCCUCGGUCUGGCCGAAGGCGAGAAGUUUCUCUCGCAGGAUUUCUGUCGCUCGGAGCGCCUGCGUUUGGAAGAGCCGUUGAUGAGGGAUGGUUUUGUCCUCCCCAAGCCCAAAAAUGACAUCAAGGAUUUCGAGCCACUUCAGGUCAGCGAGGAGAACGACGAAGGGCUGAAGUGGUCAACACAGGUUCGGAGCGAUGUGAGGGAGUUCGAGAAGAAGUUGCGCGCCGAAAAGUUAGAUAUGCCGGCUGAAGUACGGAACUUAUUGAAGAAGUGCUGUGAUAAACCGAAGCAGCUUGAAUUUGACGAUGUUUUGCACUCGGAAUACACCAGUAUCCGCCGACCCAUCCUCGAGCCACUCAGCCCACCUCUGGUUGUACUUCCAGCUCAAGGAAUUCAAGAGCUACCGGCUCUAGAUUGGGUGAGCCUUGGUGUUCAGCCACUCCUUGCAGAGACCAAUGCUGAGUUUGUGAAUUCCUUGACGAAGGAAAUGAUGGAUGAGGACUCUCUACUGAGGACACCUCACAGUCCGUCACCGUCUCGCUUCGUCGAAAAAUCGCCAAUCCACUCAUCGCCUUUGAAGACUCCUCCGAGUCUCGAAGCCCUCAAGCUGGAAGUACCCCUAACUCCACCGCAUACCGUGGGACGCACCUGCCUCGCAUCGAAUUUCGAAACCGAUAUCCAGCCUUUGCCGCCACCCUCUCAAGAAGAUUCAGCAUCCCAAACUCAACUUAAGGACCUUGUCCAUGCGGACGUCCAGCAGCUACAGCGAGAGCUGGCCCAAGAGCAACUGCAGGAAGCGGACACGACGAUGCGGAUCGAAGUGCCUGUGAUGGACUUUUCGAUCCCAAAACUGCCGUGGGCGAUCUCGCGAGACGACAUGGAGAAUAUGCGGUAUUUGGACGGCUGGGCUGGCCUUGCGAAGAAAAAAUGGCGCGGCAUCAAAAUCAUCGAGAUCGACAUGGUUUGGGCGCCGUUUACCCGAAAAAAUGCUGCGGUACCUCGUGAAAACAUCGAGGACACUGAGGGAUCUAUACAGCACCUCCUGGUGACCACUGAAGAUUGUGCAUCCGCCGAACAGGAAUUGCUCGACUCGCUAGUGGAGCUGAACCUAGGCGACGAUACCGUUGAAGUACUGGACUAUGCGGUGCUCGAAAAGAAUCAGAUGGCUGAAGUCGAAAGCAUGGCCCCGCCGGAGCGAAAGCGGAAACCACCAGUAGAUUAUUCGUUCCAAGAUCUGCUCAAGAAGAAGAAGAAGCAUCGACCAGCAGUGGCUGCUACGCGAGAUGCUCAACCAGCAGAUACGAUUACGUUCGAUGGCUUCUCUGCUGCCAGCGCCCUGGACGCUUUCAUGAGAUCCCGAGGUAUGACUCCGGCACCCCUCGUGGAUACUUCUCGCGCACAGAUGCCACCACCACCUCGUCCAGUCAAAAUGGCUCCCCGUCCAGAAGCCAUGACACCUUUGAUCCCGGCACCACCGCAGUCAACGCAGCUAUCUCACCCAGCAGCACCAAUACCUCCUGCUAAUCUGCCUCCAGCGGACUUUAUAGUCUCGACCACGCUCCUUUCCGAGCGCAACAUCUUCAAAUCCAUCAAAUCACUCUACCCAGCAGCUCGCUUUAUCGAGAGAGACUUCCUAGCCGUGAUCGGUGACGUGCACACCCUUGGCCAGAGCCGCGGACGGAUGGUAGUCACCGACGCCGACAUGAUCCUGUCCCCAACGAGGGGCCUAAUCCUCACAACCCUCCGACGCCUAAGCAUAAGUUCACCCCUUCCAGGCGGAAACCCGCCAAUCGAGUACGGCCGGGACAUCAAGACGCGCAUCAUCGAGGUCAGUAAGCGAUACGAGCACCUGCAGCUGCUGAUCCGCGUUCCGGCCAAAACGCAGAGUGCCAACGAGGCCAAGGGGCUCAGCAAGUUUGUGGAAUUCGCCGUCUCCCUUGAGGCCGUGUGCAGAGUUGAGCACCGGCUUGUGGGCGAUUCUGACGAGGAAGCGGUGCGGUGGAUUAUUGCCGCCAUGAAGAGCCACGGCCACAGGUUGUUCGAGGAGGAGAGUGGCUGGGAGGUGUUCCUGAGGAAGGUGGGGUUCAAUGCCAUGGCUGCGCAAGUGUUGCUGCAAACGUGUAGGCCUCUAGGAGGGAUCCAGGCGUUUCUGGAUAUGGGAUACGAUGAGAGGAGGGCCAGGUUUGCGGGGCUGGUGGGUGAGAGGGUGCUGGCUAGGGUUAAAGAUAGGCUGAUGGUGCAGGAACAAUUUGUUGACACAUAAUUUGGAGUGGCUCAUAGGAAUUUCAUACCAGUGAAAGUAAGUACAUCUUAGCUAUUACGAAGAGCUUUUAGGUUCAACAAUGAUUGAAAUGUAGGUACCUCAAUGAGGAUAGUACAACUGAGUCGAGAAAGUGACCGGCGUCAGCCACCAGCCAGAAAACGUGGGUCUUUGGAUGUCUGAGAUUCCCAUUAUAUGGAGGUUCGAAGGCGCUAAUCAAUGACAAUACCCCAUUCAAGCCUACGAAACGAAGGUAUCAUACGAGUGAUACCUGUGACAGGCCAG